AUGAGGAGGUUUAUGGCAUGCUUGCUUGUCGCCAUCCUGUGCGGCAUUUUCGACAACAACAACAACAACAACCUCUUCCUUUGCGGGGUAAACGCGGAGGCCAACAUCUGCUCAACCUACAUCAAGAUUGAUGGGUGUGGCAGCAACACCUGCCCCGUGUACGCGGCACAGUUCUCCGUCUUGAACUCCGAUGGCCAGGGCGUCACGUACCAGCCAUGUCCCCCAAGCUUGCCAACGGGGUGUGAAGGUAGCUUCCCCGACUGUCUCAUCGAAAGCAACCAGGGCGGAAAAAUGACGCUGUCCACAAACGAAACGCUCACCAUUGCCGUGCGCGCGGAGGGCAUCGUCAGCAAAUCCACGUGCUCCUUCUCCUUCUCCGACCUCACCAGUGCCCGGCGGUGCCAGCUGAACGUGGGCCUCACUGGCGGCCGCACCGCAUUCUUCACCCUCGACUUCCAACUCGACAACAUCGACCAUGGCGAGCCGUGCGCGGAGUCCACGACCUGCGAGUCUGACACCUGCAAGGGCGGCAGAUGCUGUCACCCGUACGCGGCAAGUUUCGGGCAAUUGUGCACUGCGUGCGACGCCUCGGGCGGCUGCAGCCAGUGCACAACAGGCAAAUGUGGCUCCCCAUACUGCUGUGCUCCUGGAACGUCAAGCCGCUGCACCCGCUGUGGCUACAAUGGGCAGUGCACGGCAUGUGCCAGCCCCUACACGCUGUCCAAUGGAUACUGCUACUACCCGGGCACCGCCUAUUCAAGCACCACCACGACAACGACCACACCGUUUUCCUAUGGCCGAAACUGCGCCUACAACUACCAGUGCCCUUCUGGCAAAUGUGGCUACCCGUACUGCUGCCGCCCCGGUGUGUCAAGCCGCUGCGCUAGCUGCAACUACUACGGCUCUUGCGUGGCGUGCUACAGCGGCUACACCCUGUUCGAUGGCAACUGCUACUACACAUCAACCACAACCACGCAGUCGCCCAGCGUCGCAACCGCCUAUGCCCGCACCUGCUCCUACAGCAGCCAGUGCGAAAGCUACCUGUGCCGCGGCAGCUACUGCUGCAAUUCAGGCGUGUCCAGCGCGUGCGAGUCAUGCAAUUACCUCGGCCAGUGCUCCUCGUGCCAGUCUGGGUACUACGUGCAAAACGGCAACUGCAUUUACCAGGGCAGCGCUUAUGCCGGGGAUUCGUGCGUCUCGGAUGGCGUUUGUCAGAGCGGGUUCUGCUCUAACUACAGGUGCUGCUCCGGCUACGUCAACGGCUGCACCUCCUGCGAUGUGUACGGCAACUGCGACAGGUGCGCCUCUGGCUUGCAGCUGGACGACAACGGCGAAUGCUCUGACAUCAGGAGCGCGUACGAUGGCGGCUACUACUGCGACAACGACGAACACUGUUCCUCCGGCAUAUGCCGCGAAUCAUCGUGCUGCAACUACGAAAUUGACACCCUGUGCACCGCCUGCGAUGCAUAUGGUCAGUGCACAGCCUUUGGUGACUCGCCCGCCACCAACUCCAAGAGCUCCUCCUCCACUACAUCUUACAUCAUCCCGAUAGCCGCCAGUGCCGGGGCUGCCUUCUUCCUCUUCAUCGUCAUCAUCAUCGCCACCGCCGUUCGCCGCAGGAGGAACACCACCUCGCGCGUGGGCGUCACGCACACCGUGGCCGCUGCCCCCAUCGCCAAGACGAAGGAGGCCACCGUUGUGCAGCCGGGACCAGACAACACCAGGCGCGUCUUUGGCCUCUUCUGGCUGCCGGAAAGCGAUGAUGAAAACUCAGACAGUGACGAGGAUGACGUGUAA